AUGUGGCUGCCAAGCUCUGAGAUUGUAUCAAUGCUUCCUAGCAUCCGAGAACCCUUGCGUCCCCCGUCAGCUGUGCCUAGCGCCAGUAAUAGUAGACCAAACACAUCCACAACCAGCCAAGUGAGGUUCAUAGGAACACUGCAUGGGUCACCACCCACAAUGCUUCCCCCCAGUAAAUGGCAAAAGACUGCAGAUCCACGAGCGAACCUUGACCCCUUAUCUGGGUAUAACCGCGACAAUACCUUUUCUACGAAUGUGUGUAUCUUAGCCAGCAGCCACCAUGGAAAAGAUGAUAAUUUGACACAACGCAUAGACUAA